AUGGAAAAAAAAAGGGAAGGGAAGGCAAAAAAGAAAGUUGGUCCUGGCGAUGAAGGAGUUGGUGCACUAGAAACAGAGAUGGCAACAAAGAGGGCUCGGAGGAAAGCUGGCCUUGGUGACGAAGACUUGAAUGACUAUUGGGAUCCAUCAGGUGUAACAAGAAACAGAAAGCCAAACAUUGGACUAUCUGCGGAACAAGUGCAGUUGAGGGAGCAGCGGAUGAAGAGGACCGAUCUGAAAGCUGUUUUUGCAAGUGACAAACCUACACAUCAUACCGAGGUCUUUAGUACUUACGUUUGCAGUCAGAAAAUCUUUUGCAAGCCGCCCGCCAAGACGAGAAUGCAAGGCGUGAAUGAUAUUGAAGCAAACAGGUUCAUCAAAAAGUACAAGAUCAGCCCCCCAGUUCUCAACAAGUUCCAGGACCAUGACAAAAUUUCAAUGAUACGAUACGAGCCACCUACCGCUGAGAAAGGAAACAAAGCGACCUUCACAAUCACUUGUGGCCCAAAAAAAGGAAUACGCAUCCCCAAUGUCCGAGUUGAAUACCUCAAGUAUUACCUUGGUCGUGGAUUUGUUCAUAAAUGCAUCUCAUUUGGAGAAAAGUGUGCUACAAACGGUCUAAAUCAACCCUCUUUCCAUGUACCACUUGGAGACAGCAACUCUGACAUUGCGUCUGACAUCUGUCUUUUCAAGAUUGACAAAAACGGUAAUGGUGUCAAAGCCUUACCGUUUGUCCAAGGUGCCAGUGAUUGUUGCCUUGGGUUUUCACUGGCAAACGCAUUGCACCAUCUCAAGUACCAUGCCGAGGCUCAUGCCCUGUAUGCCUUCUCCCACAAUCUUACUGACUACGAUGCCACUUCUCAAUUCAAAAUGUUGUCCCACUGGGUCCACUGUUCUGUUGGAGCUGUCAAGUGUUUGUCAGUUAAAGCGUCUUGGAAAUUUGACGGGCUUAACGGAUUUGCCCGAUGCAUCACACUCCUAGAAGAACAAAACUUGUUAUUUUUGUACCACAGGCGAGGGAUGGGACCAAGACUCAUGCUGUAA